UACUUUUCAACUCACAAAAACAAAACUGCAUCUCCCUCUCUUUCCUAUGAUCCUAUCCACUUCCCUUCAAUUCAAUUCAAUCAUUCCAUUUCAUUCUGAGUCUUCACUCAUUUAAUCUCUCUGAUUCAUUUUCCACCCUCCAAUUCUUCUUUUGAAACAACUAUUGACUUGUGUUCAUUUACAAGAGAAUCCAUUUGGAAUUAUUUUUUAAAUAAAUCAGCAGUUCCCACAGCAUUUCUUUCGGUGGAAUCAAGUGUUUUCUUGUUUUUUUAUUACAUGAUUAAUGAUUCUGUCUGUUUUCUGAGUCAGUUUUUUCUUCUUCUUCUUCUUCUGUUUACUCAACGUUUUGAACAGUGUUUGAACAGUUUGAUUCUUAGUUUUCCAAUUUCCAUCAAGUUGUUCGCUUUUUCUACUUCCCAGCGACCCAUUUGUAAACCUUGCAUUACCCUUUUGGAAAAUCCUUCUGGGGUGCUCUGUAGAUUCAGGGCAAUAACAAAAGUUGACAUUUUGACUUCAAAUUUUUGGUGCUUUUUUUUUUGUUGAAUAAUGAAGCUUGUGGUUCGGGUGAUUGAAGGAAGGAACUUGCCACCGAUGGAUCCUAAUGGGUUGAGUGAUCCGUACGUGAGGCUGCAGUUGGGGAAGCAGAGGUUCAGGACUAAGGUGAUCAAGAAGAGUUUGAAUCCCAAGUGGGAUGAAGAGUUUAGCUUUAGGGUGGAAGACCUUAAUGAAGAGCUUGUUAUCUCUGUCAUGGAUGAAGAUAAGUUCUUCAAUGAUGACUUUAUGGGCCAGCUUAGAGUUCCAGUCUCACUUGUUUUUGAGGAGGAUAUCAAAUCCCUUGGCACUGCUUGGUAUACUUUGACACCCAAAAGCAAGAAGUUCAAGAACAAGGAGUCUGGUGAGAUUCGUUUGCACAUUUACUUUUCACAAAAGAGCGCAUCUGUGGAGUCAAACGUUAAUGGUGAUCUGUUAUUCCAUCCAAGAAAACUUGCUGAUUCAGCUACUGAAUCGCCUUCGAGAUCUUCCACGGGUCAUUCAAGCUCAUCUUCUCCUCUGAGGGAAGAUAUUGUGUCUGCUAAGGAUGAAAAGUCUGGUACACAAAAAACACUCACAGGCAGAAUUGCUCAAAUCUUUAAUAAGAGCUCUGAUAUGUCUUCAACCCCAUCCCGGAGAAGCAUUGACUCAGACCAAUCUGAAAUUAGUAAAGCAGAAAUUAGUGAGAUCACAACUGAGGAUCAGUCCACUCCUCAGUCCACUAAUGAGACUUUUGAAGAAGCUAUGAGAAAAAUGCAGUCAGCAGAUCAAGGCAGUGAAAUUCCUAGCAACCUACCACUAGGGGUGUUUAUUGAUCAACACUAUAUUAUUGCACCAGAAGACUUGAACAAGUUUCUAUUUUCAUCUGAAUCAGAUUUUCUAAAGUCAUUGACAGAGAUUCAGGGUAAUACGGAAUUGCAAAUUGGUCCUUGGAAGUUUGAGAAUGGCGGCGAGAGCUUCAAAAGAUUAGUUACAUACGUCAAGGCUCCCAGUAAGUUAAUUAAGGCUGUCAAAGCCUAUGAGGAACACACAUAUUUAAAAGCUGAUGGGAAGAACUUCGCUGUUCUAGCCAGUGUCAGCACUCCUGAUGUUAUGUAUGGGAGUACCUUUAGGGUUGAAGUACUCUAUGUGAUCACACCUGGACCAGAGUUGCCCUCAGAAGAACAGUGUUCACGUCUGGUUGUAUCAUGGCGAAUGAAUUUUUUACAGAGCACCAUGGUUAAAGGAAUGAUCGAAAAUGGGGCUCGACAAGGUAUGAAAGAAAGCUUUCAGCAGUAUGCUGAUUUGUUAUCUCAGACUGUUAAACCUUUUGAUUUAAAGGACCUUAGUUCUGGUAAGGAACAAGCUUUGGCAUCAUUACAUGCAGAGCCCCAGUCAGAUUGGAAGCUGGCAGUGCAGUAUUUUGCUAAUUUCACAGUAGUCUCAACCAUUUUCAUGGGAUUGUAUGUGCUUGUGCACAUAUGGCUGGCUGCACCCAGUACCAUUCAAGGGCUUGAGUUUGUGGGACUUGACUUGCCAGAUACAAUUGGUGAAUUUGUUGUUUGUGCUGUCUUGGUUCUUCAAGGGGAACGCAUGCUGCGUUUAAUCUCACGCUUCAUACAAGCCAGAGCACGAAAAGGCAGUGACCAUGGAAUUAAAGCACAAGGAGACGGGUGGUUACUAACUGUUGCCUUGAUUGAAGGAAGCAAUUUAGCUUCUGUUGAUUCUAGUGGGUUCUCUGAUCCAUAUGUGGUGUUUACUUGCAAUGGGAAAACAAGAACCAGUUCAAUCAAGUUCCAGAAAUCAAACCCUUUAUGGAAUGAAAUAUUUGAGUUUGAUGCAAUGGACGAUCCUCCUUCUGUGCUGGAUGUGGAAGUUUAUGAUUUUGAUGGGCCUUUUGAUGAAGCUGCAUCUCUAGGACAUGCUGAAAUUAAUUUUCUAAAAGCAAACAUUUCAGAUCUUGCUGAUAUAUGGGUUCCUCUUGAAGGAAAUUUGGCUUUGGCAGUUCAGUCUAAGCUGCACUUAAGAAUUUUCUUGGACAACACUAGAGCUGGAAAUGUUGCAAAAGAAUAUUUAAAUAAAAUGGAGAAAGAGGUUGGGAAGAAGAUUAAUUUGCGGUCUCCUCAAACAAAUUCAGCAUUCCAGAAACUCUUCGGGCUUCCACCUGAGGAAUUUCUCAUCAAUGAUUUCACCUGUCAUUUGAAAAGAAAAAUGGUCCUGCAGGGCCGCCUAUUUCUGUCCGCAAGAAUAAUUGGAUUUCAUGCAAAUUUGUUUGGAAAGAAGACAAAUUUCUUUUUUCUUUGGGAAGAUAUUGAAGACAUUCAGGUCAUUCCUCCUACAUUUUCAUCAAUGGGGAGUCCAAUAAUUGUCAUAACUCUUCGGCCAGGUAGAGGUACCGAUGCAAGACAUGGUGCAAAAACACAAGAUCAACAAGGCAGGCUAAAGUUCCAUUUCCAGUCCUUUGUGUCUUUUGGUGUUGCACACAGAACUAUCAUGGCUCUCUGGAAGGCCAGAUCCUUGAGUCCUGAACAGAAGAUCAAAGUUGUUGAAGAGGAAUCUGACACCAAAAGCCUUAUAAGUGAAGAAAGUGGCGGCUCAUUACUUGGCCUGGAUGACGUUAGCAUGUCUGAGAUUUAUUCCUGUGCUCUUCCAAUUCCUGCCAGUUUCCUCAUGGAGCUAUUUAGCGGAGGAGAGUUGGAUCGUCGGGUCAUGGAAAAAUCUGGUUGUCUUAAUUAUUCUUAUACUCCUUGGGUAUCAGAGAACAAGGAUAUCUCUGAGAGGGCAGUAUAUUACAAAUUUGAGAAGCGUGUUUCGAGUUAUAAAGGUGAAGUGACAAGUACUCAGCAAAGAUCUCCCCUUUUGGAUGGAAAGGGUUGGCUUGUGGAAGAAGUUAUGAAUAUUCAUGGAGUUCCUCUUGGCGAUCAUUUCAAUAUACACCUUCGCUACCAAAUUGAGGAUUCACCCCCAAAAGCAAAAGGAUGUAGAGUACAAGUAUUAUUUGGACUUGAAUGGCUGAAAAGCACAAAGAAUCAGAAAAGGAUUACAAAGAACAUCCAACAAAAUCUGCAGGAGCGUUUAAAGGUGACCUUUAGUCUAGCUGAGAAGGAGCUUUUACCAAAAUAGCAAAUGAACCUUCCUUAAUUUGACUUAAAAAUGGGAGGUAGCUGCCGCCAUUUUGUCAUUUCCAUUUACCGGCUUGGACUGGAAUAUAUGAUGAUGCAUCAAAUUACAAGGUUCAUGCGAUUGUGCUGUUUGGGGUUGGUUUGCUUGACAAUCCUAACUUCACUUUAUAUCAGCGGAAAGAACCUGCUGGUGGGGGAACUUUGAUCAGUUAUAAUGGUGCCGAAAAUUGUGCUCUUUGGUUGAUUUGCUACCAAGUCUGAUCUUCACAUUGUACAUUACUCUUGACUCUGCAGAAGAUAACUCAUUCACUGACAUUGCAACAACAGUUUUUAGCAGUUCAAAUUUUGGGUUUGUUGUGCACAGUUAACAUAGGAGGGUCAGCAACUACAAUUUCCCUCACAGUAGUUAGUUGUCACAGUGUACACAGAUUUAGAUGAACAGCUGUUUUUGACUUUUUAUCAUAAUGUAGGAACUAGGAAAUAUUGUGAACAAUUUGUUAGGCCUGGGAACGCCAUGAGACAAAGCACAGAUCCUUUAACUCUUAUUAUAUUGAUUUGUUAAAAUUUGUAACACAUUCAUAAUAACAUGGCUUUCUGGCUUUGCAAUA